AUGUCACAGCUUCCUGAUCCUACCGUAGACCUUGACUGGUCAGGUUUUGUCGGCCCCAUCCACGAGCGCUUCAGGGCCUCAGUUGAGAGGAGCCCCGACAGCACAUGCGUCGUCGAGACCAAGACGUCGACAACGCCAGAGAGGAGGUUCACCUAUCGCCAAAUCUACGAGGCCUCCAAUGUCCUCGCUCACUACCUGCAUGAUGCAGGCGUUACGAAUGGGGAUGUGGUCAUGAUCUGGGCGCAUCGGUCGGUGGACCUGGUCGUUUGUAUGAUGGGCACAUUGGCUUCUGGUGCUACUAUGACCGUGUUAGACCCGGCAUACCCUCCAGCUCGUCAACAGACGCUCACUGUUCUCAAGGUCUACCUGGAAGUUUCCCAGCCGCGAGCUCUCAUUCGGAUCGGCCGAGCCACGGAUGAGAACGGACCCCUGGCGUCUCUUGUCCAGAGCUACAUCGACGAGUCGUUGCAGCUCAAGGCAGAAGUGCCAGACCUCCGCAUCCGAGAUGAUGGAUACCUUGCUGGUGGUGAGGUCGAUGGGAAGGAUGUCUUUGGGGGCGCCAGAGGAAAGGCGGCGGCUCCCCCAGAUGUCGUCGUGGGUCCAGACUCAAAUCCCACCCUGUCGUUCACCUCUGGAAGCGAGGGACGCCCCAAGGGCGUGCUUGGUCGCCACUUCAGCUUGACCAAGUACUAUACCUGGAUGUCCGAGCGCUUUAACCUCACGUCGGAGAGCAGGUUCACUCUCCUGUCUGGUAUCGCUCACGAUCCCGUGCAGAGGGAUGUCUUCACGCCCUUGUUUCUGGGGGCGCAAUUGCUCGUGCCGUCGAGGGAGGAUAUCCAGCACGAGAAGCUGGCAGAGUGGAUGGGGGAGCACAAGCCAACCGUCAGCCACUUGACACCAGCUAUGGGUCAGAUCCUUGUCGGUGGCGCAACAGCCGAAUUUCCAAGUCUGCAGAACGUCUUCUUCGUCGGGGACGUCCUGACAACAAGAGACUGUCGUGUGCUCAGGCGACUGGCGGUGAAUGCCAACAUUAUCAACAUGUACGGAACAACCGAGACCCAGCGAGCAGUGAGCUACUACGAGAUCCCCAGCGCCGCCAGGGACCCUGACUACCUGGACAAGCUCAAGGAUACUGUUCCCGCCGGUAAGGGUAUGCAGAAUGUGCAGCUGCUGGUCGUCAGCCGCGAGGACCGAGGCCGGAUGUGCCAGGUGGGCGAGGUAGGUGAGAUCUACUGCCGUGCUGCUGGUCUCGCUGAGGGCUACCUUGGAGAUGAGGAGAAGAACAAGGAGAAGUUUCUCGUCAACUGGUUCGUCGACAACCAGAAGUGGGUUGAGCUGGACGCCAAGAACAACAAGAACGAGCCAUGGCGAAAGUACUACCAGGGUCCUCGGGACAGACUCUACCGGACUGGUGAUCUUGGUCGAUACCUGGAGUCAGGGGAUGUCGAGUGUACCGGCCGGGCCGACGACCAGGUCAAGAUUCGAGGUUUCCGCAUCGAGCUGAACGACAUCGACAGCAACUUGAGCCAACACUCGCUGAUCCGGGACUGCAAGACCCUCGUCCGAAGAGAUCGAAAUGAAGAGCCGACCCUGGUCAGCUACGUGGUUCCUGAACAAAAGGAAUGGGAGAAAUGGCUUUCGACGUACAAGCUGGAGGAUGUGGAUGAUGAGGGUGUCGAGAUGGGGUCCGUCAGAGUCUACCUGAAGAAGUACAGACGGAUGCAGACAGAGGUCCGAGAUCACUUGAAGUCACGUCUGCCAGUCUACGCGGUGCCUACGAUUUAUAUCGUACUUAACAAGCUGCCGCUAAACCCCAACGGCAAGGUUGACAAGCCCAACCUACCCUUCCCUGAUGUGGCUGAGCGGACGGAGGAGGCAUCAGAAGAAGACCUGCAGUACUGGGAGUCUCUGACCGAGGCCGAGAGGGCAGUCGCUGAGAAAUGGGCAGAACUCGUGCGUGGUUUGAACCCCAAGACCAUCAGGCGGGAUCAAAGCUUUUUCGACCUGGGUGGACACUCUCUGUUGGCCCAGCAGCUUCUUCUGACCACCCGCAAGGAUCUGGGCGUGGACGUCUCAAUCAAUACUCUGUACGAGUUCCCGACCCUGGCAGGUUUUGCUGCACAGGUGGAGAAGGGCAAGAGUGGUACAAGCGAGGCCGCCGAGGACGGCGUGCCUGCUUAUGCCAGGUCUCUGGACGAGUUGAUUGCCACUCUUCCAGAGAAGUACCAGUCUGCAGACGCAGACUCUAUCGGGUCCUCUAGCGGCCUGACCAUCUUCCUCACCGGUGCUACUGGGUUCCUGGGCUCUUAUCUUAUCAGAGACAUUCUGGAGAGGACGCAGUCCGGCAUCAGGCUGAUCGCUCAUGUGCGAGGUGCUAAGGACGCUGCAGCGGCGCUCGAACGCAUACGGCGCUCCCUUCUCGGAAAUGGAGUAUGGAACGAUGACUGGACUUCGAGGCUGAGCUGUGCUGUCGGUGAUCUGUCGCAGCCACAACUCGGCAUCGACGAUUCGACGUGGAACACACUGGCCGAGGAGGUCGAUGUGGUCAUCCACAACGGCGCCUCGGUCCACUGGGUGAAGCGGUACCACGACAUGGUUGCGCCUAACGUUCUCUCCACCAUCGAGGCGAUGAAGCUGUGCAACACGGGCAAGCCCAAGCUUUUCUCAUUUGUCAGCUCGACAGCCGUCCUCGACACCGACCACUACAUUAAACUGUCGGAAGAGCAGACCCGCACAGGCCAGGGCUCCAUCCUGGAAGAAGACGACAUGCAGGGUAGCCGCGUCGGGUUGGGCACAGGCUAUGGCCAGACUAAGUGGGUAUCGGAGCAGCUGAUUCGCGAGGCAGGGCGGCGCGGUCUCCAGGGCACCAUCAUCCGGCCGGGGUACAUCCUGGGCGACUGCGAGACGGGCGUGUGCAACGUGGACGACUUUUUGAUCCGCAUGCUCAAAGGCUGCAUCCAGCUGUCGUCGCGCCCACGCAUCAUCAACACGGUCAACGCCGUGCCCGUCAACCACGUCGCGCGCGUCGUGGUCGCCGGCGCCCUCAACCCGCUCGUCAAUGACCACGGCGUCAACGUGGUCCAGGUCACUGCGCACCCGCGCCUGCGCAUGAGCGAGUACCUCUCAAUCCUAGAGUACUACGGCUACCAGACACCAGAGGUGAGCUACGACGACUGGAAGGCGGCGCUCGAGACCUUUGUGUCAUCGGGCCCCCUCGAGAAGGACGCCGAGCAGAACGCGCUCAUGCCACUGUUCCACUUCUGCGUCAACGACCUGCCGGCCAACACGCGUGCGCCCGAGUUGGACGAUCGCAAUGCCGUCGCCGUGCUGAGGCGGGAUGCGGACCGAUUCACAGGCAUAGACGAGAGCGCAGGGUACGGCGUGUCGCGGGAGGACGUCGGGAGGUACCUCAGGUAUCUCGCCGAGAUCAAAUACAUCGCGUGGCCCUCGGGACGGGGAAGGCAGCUGCCGGAUAUCAAGGUCGACGCGGCGAGGGCGAGAGAUGCUGCCGGCGGACGAGGUGGUGCGUUGUAG